GUGUGCAAAUGCUGCUGAAAAAGAGGAUCUGAAGAGGAGAUUUCAAGGCAAAGUGGAGUUCGUGGAUAAUGCCCUCAAGGAUGCUCUUCUGGAAUAUAGAUCUCGGUGCCACGACCUGGGCCUCACAAUCAGACCACGCGUCUUCGAAGAGCAAGCGGAGUUGGAGCUCCCAAUCAUGGACAUGUCCAGUUCGCCAUCUUCAGCUUCCUCGCCCGGGGAGAGUUCAAAGGUCACGGUUACUGAUAUUAAAUACUUGAGAAGCCAGGGCGGCAUCAAGGGUGUUUUGGAGAUCCACAAGGUUCGGGAAGAGGAACUUCAAGGCUAUGCGCACUUGUGGAAAACUACAGAAAUAUGGAGCCUACUGAAACGACAACAGGCCUUUCACAACUGGUUCUCCAAGUUGGGAGACCAAUGCGGGUUUGCCUUAGCGCAAGCUUACCGAUUGGAGCUUUCCGUACAUUUUGUUCGAAAGCAAGAAUAUCGUGGCCGGAGCUCUGCUGUGGCAUCUGAUCGCUUACGGCUGAAUUUCGAUGCUGUGACCACUCCUGGAGUGCUGUUCAUGGAUUCUCGUCCAAGACCUAUGUACUAG